GUUCACAUGUGACUUAUGCUGGGUCAGAGCUUCUGGUGGCGUGGGGUGGCGGCGGCGGCAGCAGGUGGUGUUUGGGGUGCAUGGAGGGAGCUUUGCACCCGCUGCGGCAGUUUAUCAACUCCGAGCGGAAGAGGAUUUGCUGCAAAGCCGUGGCACCGGCGCAGGACACCAGCUGUGGGUCAGCUGACGGGACAACUCCCCGCACGGUCUCUCUCGAGCGCUGUCACUUGCUGCACGUUCGCCCGGGGGGUAGAGGAGACAGAGGGCACCCUGGGAUUGUUCUGGAGGAGUGUGACGGCCUCCAGGGGCCUGACUGUGCUAUGGAGGAGCAGGAAGCUCUACAGGACUGUACCAGUAGACUCUACUUCAAAAAUGCCCCACACCAAGGCACAAGACAUGGGCUCAGCCUUCAUCCAGACGCAGCAGCUCAAUGCUGCCAUGGCCGACACCUUUCUGGAGCACCUGUGUCUGCUGGACAUCGACUCCGAGCCCACCACUGCCCGCAACACUGGCAUCAUCUGCACCAUUGGGCCGGUCUCUCGUUCAGUGGACACGCUGAAAGAGAUGAUCAAGUCUGGCAUGAACAUCGCACGCAUGAACUUCUCCCAUGGGUCCCAUGAGUACCACGGUGAGACCAUGGGGAACGUGCGUGAGGCCUGUGCAAGCUUCGAGCCUGGCAGCAUCCAUUACCGGCCCGUGGCCAUCGCCCUGGAUACCAAAGGCCCAGAGAUCAGGACUGGACUCAUCAAAGGAAGUGGCACUGCGGAGGUGGAGCUGAAGAAGGGCAACACGAUCAAGGUGACCCUGGACGACGCCUUCAUGGAGAACUGUGACGAGGAUACCCUGUGGCUGGACUACAAGAACAUCACCAACGUGGUGGAGAAGGGGAGCAAGGUCUACAUCGAUGACGGUCUCAUCUCACUCCAGGUGCAGGAGAUUGGGUCCGACUACCUGAUUUGUGAGAUCGAGAACGGCGGUACUCUGGGCAGCAAGAAGGGCGUGAACCUGCCCGGCGCUGCCGUUGACCUGCCCGCCGUGUCGGAAAAGGACAUCCAGGACCUGACGUUUGGCGUGGAGAUGGGCGUGGACAUGGUCUUCGCUUCGUUCAUCCGCAAGGCGGACGACGUGCACGCGGUCAGGAAAGUGCUGGGUGAGAAGGGCAAGAACAUCAAGAUCAUCAGCAAGCUGGAGAACCACGAGGGCGUCCGCAGGUUUGACGAGAUCAUGGAGGCCAGUGAUGGCAUCAUGGUUGCCCGUGGCGACUUGGGAAUUGAGAUCCCCACAGAGAAGGUCUUCCUCGCUCAGAAGAUGAUGAUUGGCCGCUGCAACAGAGCUGGCAAGCCAAUCACCUGCGCCACACAGAUGCUCGAGAGCAUGAUCAAGAAGCCUCGCCCAACCCGUGCCGAGGGCAGCGACGUGGCCAACGCCGUGCUGGACGGUGCCGACUGCAUCAUGCUGAGUGGAGAGACGGCCAAGGGAGACUAUCCCCUGGAGGCCGUGCGGACGCAGCACAAGAUCGCCCGCGAGGCAGAGGCAGCCAUGUUCCACCGGCAGCUGUUUGAGGAGCUGCGCCGCAACACCUACCUGACCCGUGACCCCACCGAGGCCGUUGCCAUCGGCGCCGUGGAGUCUUCCUUCAAAUGCUGCGCCAGCGCCCUCAUCGUCCUCACCAAGACCGGCAGGUCUGCCCAGCUGAUCUCCAAGUACCGCCCUCGUGCCCCCAUCAUGGCGGUGACACGUAACGAACAGACAGCGCGCCAGUGCCACCUGUACCGCGGCAUCUUCCCCGUCUUCUUCAACAAGCCCUCCCACGAUGUCUGGGCAGAGGACGUCGACAUGCGCGUCAACUUCGCCAUGGAAAUGGGCAAGGCCCGAGGCUUCUUCAAGACCAACGACGCCGUCAUCAUUCUCACCGGCUGGCGCCCCGGCUCUGGUUACACCAACACCAUGCGUGUGGUCCUGGUGCCCUAAACUACCCUCUCACCUCCUGCAAGACUACCCGGUCUUACCCUCCCUCUUACCCCUGCUACCAUCUCUCCCCUCCCUACCCCACCAGAACUACUGAUCCCUACUUAAACACCAGUUAGUGGUCCUUCCACGUCCUCUGUGGCUCACAUAGGACCAUCCCGCUCCCAACACGCACCAGUGUAGUUGUGUAGGAAAUCAAGGCGAAAGGAACCUCCUCUGUCCCACCUGUUAUACUUGAGGGCCAGUUCUGACAGCUUGACUUAAAAAUUGCAGAACAAAACACACCAGUACACACUCCAGGGCAGACCAAAGUCACUCCAUUCCCUCAGAGUUCUCCUCUUCUCACCAUACACAGACCAGCCUCGGUUCCGUCGUAUUUAUUCACUGAUAGUCACGCGAGAAGCCAGCGUAUACAACCGGACUGAAAGUGCUUCUGUCUGGACUGUCUGCAUGCACUCCCUCUCUGACCCUUAACCCCUGUCCCUUGUCCCUUUCACUGUCUGGAGAGGGUCAUUAGCGUUAAUUAAGCACACACACACACACACACACACACACACACGUACAACCACAUACAGAAGCUGGUUACUGAACACAAUCUACCGCCUACCAAGUGAACAAAAACAGUGGCUUUUCUGCGCUUGGGUCUGUGUCAAACCCACCACCCCCCCCCAGACAGUGAUUCCAGGGAUGCCCCCCACCCCCCAGGCCAGCAUAGGUCUAUGUUUGUUUUGUGUCGUGUAUAUGCGCUUCUGCUGUGUUUUACGUGUCGCAAUCCUAACCUGCUUUAGACAAUGUUACACCUUGUAUUAUACUUGACUUUGUUGAUAUGGUGACACAAUGUUUCUUUUUUUUUUGUUCAUCGGCAACCAGUGCUACUUAACUAUUUUUCUAACUGAAGAGAAUUGUUAACAUUGGCUGCCUGUAUUUUUAGUUUGUAUUUGACAUAAGUUACUAUUUUAAUGUUCUGUCUUUAGAACAUGUAUGUGUGUCUGUGUAAGAAGACUCUAGAAGGUGAUGGCACGUUAAAAGUAUACUCUCCAAAGGAACCUAAGGAAUAGUCACGAGGUGUAAUGUAGAAUGUCCCAGGGCCUCUGCAUGGUCACAGUAUUUGGAAAUACAGCACUUGUUUUUUUUUUUUGUUUUUUUUUUUUUCUGCCAUUGGGGGACAGGAGAGCUCAACCCUCUCCCUCCUGCACCUUUCUCCAUGAUGCUUCUGUCUAAUGGCUAACUUGGAGGACAUAUAUACGUUGGCACUUUGUGUGUGUGUGUGUGUGUGAGAGAGGGAGAGUGAAUGUAUGCGCCUGUUUCCGUCUGUUCACCUGCUUCUUUGAUUGUGUGGCUAGGGUUUCAGGUCUGUGGAUAUGUAAAAGAGUAAUGCUGUGUAUUGAUCUGGUGUGUUGUGCUGAUCGGUCCGAAGAUUGGACUGCAAUCAAUAAACGAGCUGACGAGCACCUAAA